GUCUGUAAUAUCUGUUACUUGAUUCGUGUAGUUUUUGUACUAAACAAACGCUGAUUUGAGAACCGAUUUGACUGAUACCGGUUGAGCGUGUAUAGUUUAUUAGAAAAUAUAGCAUAUUUCUCGUAUAAGUUCAUUAUUGUAUACAGUAAUAAAUAACUUAAAAUGGCGGUGAACAGUGCCACGUCUUUUGCAAUAUCUUCAAUUUUAACACUCCUAAUAUUCUCUGGGAUGCAAAUGUUCAAGCCUUUUCUCGUGAAAUCUCCAAUAACGAUCAUAUUUGGAGGUUACCUCGGUUCCAUAAUGUUCAUGUUCCUGGUUACUGCUGUAGGUAAUUUAGAAGCAACUCUAUUUGGGAAGAACCACCAGUUGAAACUACCAGAGAUAAUACUGUCUAUGUUAGCAGCUCUCAUUGCAUCCGCAACAGUUCACAGGAUCAGCUUUACUACUUGUUUGAUAUUCUCACAGAUGACAAUCUACUUCAUGAACAAACUCUCACAAAAGACGUAUGCCGCCACUGCGCCUGCGCCGGCCCUAGUCAAGAGCCGCCGUCACAAAUAAUUGUCACAAUUUUUUCGUACUAAUUUAUACCUUUUCCAAUAAAUAAUAUUAGUAUUUC